AUGGCUUUGCAGCAGCAGAAAUUGAAAGAAACCUUUGGUGAAGUUUUAGGUUUCAUAAGGCAGCUAAAUCUGCCGUUUUUUGGAGGAGGGAAACCUAAGGCUGCCACGUAUAUUGUAGUUUGGGGCGACGGUCUUGUUUUAAGGCUGUCGAUGACUGACAUGGAGUACCAGACAGUUGAGCCGCUUCAUAGACAUGUCAAGGCAGGUCACGGUCGAUGCACAACAUUCCAAAGUUGGGUGCAGCUUGGGGCGAAAUGCAAGGCUCGUGAAGCAAGCCUAAGUACGAGACUCGGGGUUGGAGACACGUGUCGGUGA